UUUUUUUGUUCUCUCGUCCUCCACGGAAGAAGGCGCAAGGCGGUGGGAGCUGCCGGCAGGAAUUGGGGUUUCUACGCUGCGCUCUCCAUGCUCGCGAAUCCAGAUUCAGCUCUUGGCAUCGGCAAUGCCGGGUAAUCGCGAGCGAUAUUUCGGUGUGAUGCGCAGGGAUUCAUCGUUUUUCCGUGAAGGUGAGGGUGCUUGGGGCACAUUCUGUGUGAUCUAGUGACGGAGCCGGCGGGUAGGCGCUUGCAACGCGCUGCUAGGAUAGCCGCAGGGAAAAGAUCUGGAAAUCGGCCGCUAGUAAGAUGGUGAAGGAGGAUGGAAGCCGACGUGCGGAUAGUGUUGUGCUUGAUAUCAACAUGGCCAUUGAGGAGCUACACAAGUUUAGUCCCCAUGAGAUGAAGAAAAUCCUUCAGGAUACUCACUGCCUAAGCUUCCGUGUGAGCUCAACAACGAAGGGAGCGAUCGUCAGUGUGGACAUCGAGAAGCUGGCUACUUUUCUUCCACUUCACUUGCUCGCGUGUGUAGCGUCUAGCAUCUCCCAGCCCCGAUUUCGCUAUCUUCUUCGAGGAGUUCGGCUUUUACACUCGUUAAGUAAUUUGGCUCCUCGUUAUCCUAAGCUUGAGCAGAUACUGCUUCAAGAAGUUAAGAUACGCGAACAGAUAAUCGACCUAGUGAUUUUCAUGCUGAUUGUUCUGGCAGAUGUAGAGCCGGAUGGUCGCUGGGGAAGUUUUCUAGCAGUACUCCACUCGGCUUUGGUAGCCUGCUGCCUGUACCUUCUGACAGCAUUUGUCACGCCAGAAUGGCGAGACGUUGCUCCUGUUUUACUGGCUCAUCCCAAGGUGGACAUAUUUAUGGAUGCUGCGUUUGAUGCUGUGAGGCGAGAUAUUGGGCUGUUGCAAGGGAGAUUCAAAGCUUUGAGUGCAAAGCUAGCAAAGGAGAAGACACCUCCACUCUGUGGUGCUGAACAAGUUUCAUCGACAACGUUGGAGCAUUGCGAAGCUUCUUUGCAGGUUCUACAAGCUCUGUCUGAACCCCAAGCUUUCAGGGAUCGUUUGCUUAAUCAUAAGGAACUCUGUAAAAAUGGUGGUAUUCUAUCACUAGUUUUGGUAGUGCUGCAGCUACAACUGCCAUCACAUUUGCAACACAUACAAGCUUUAUCAGCAUCAAUCUCUCGCGUGAAAUCUAAAGUUCUUGCAAUGCUUUUGAAGUUUUGUGAGACGGAAACAGUCUCGUUUCUGGACGAAGUGGCAACUGAUCCGAAAAGCAUGCAGUUGGCGAAGAUGGUUGCAGCAGAGAUUGUUUUGCUCGUCAAAAAUGCAUUCUUUGAAACGUUUACAGUGCAAAUGGUUCAGGAAGAUAUUGAAAAGUGCCCAGCCGGAAUGCUUUAUUUAAAUGCUAUGCGGCUUGCGGAUGUUUUGUCGGAUGACUCGAACUUUCGCAACUUCUUUAUGGACCGUAUAGCUCCGGAUUUAGCUACGAUUUUGGCUAUGGAUCCCUCAGAAUUUUGUUCCAAGUGGUGUGGGGGUUGCUCAGCUCAAGAUAUGGCUGACUGUGAAAUUGACGCUACCCUCGUCUAUGAUCCGUUUCAUGGUUCAGGAGCAGCAAUGUUGUCCUUCAAGCCAUCGCCAGGAACUUCUGAAGAAGGUAACAGUGGCUGUAGCUUGUCUAUUAAGCCGGUGGAGCCGACGUUCUAUGCCCAAGAACUCUCAGCUUUGCUAGUAAAGCUAUUCGCAAAUCUCCAUUGUUUCAAUCCCGAAGUUUGUCCAGCCGACGAAAAGGAUCGAUUUUUGUGUUUGUUUAUGCGCUGUCUCUCCGCCGGUCCACUGAGCCCCUUAAGCAGCUCUUUUUUUAUGACUUCGGAUCAAACUGCUGUCAGAGUUUGCGAGAAUCUUCAUAUACUUGUCGAUCACGUGGCUUCGCUUCCUUCUGAUUUGGCAAACGACGAGGAUGUCCAGCUUGCUAGUGUUUUUGCUGCAGAGUUACAUGAAGCAUUUUGCUUAUCUCCCGACGUGCAUGCGGACGCUCCCGUGGUUACAUACGUACGAGAUGCUCAUGAACAACGGCUUGGAGCUAUAGUAGCUCGCCGGGUUCCUUCAGAACGCUGGCAAAGAUUACAACGCGAGAUGGAGCAAAAUAUUCCCGAAUGCGAUCCCCAUAUCUUACCCGCUCAUGAGGAGACCACUCCAUUACACGUCCCUGAGGAAGCUUCAUCUGCUGUUGAUAGCAAGGCAGAUGUCAACGUAGACGUUAAGCUGCAAGAAGACGAAGGGCCACAGUCCGGUGUACAGUCCGGUGUAAAAGUAGAAGAGGAGUGUGUUUCUGCCAGGGAAUCUGAUGCGAAGGACUUGCCUGUAAAGACAGAACUUGAUGAGGUGGUCAUGAAGACGGACACUGAAGUGAAGGAGCCAGAUGAAGUGGCUCCAAAGGUGGAGGAAGAACCAAAAGAAGAUAUCAAAACGAGCGUAACAAACGUACCCAUAAUUGAUCCGCUGCCCGUGAUUGAACCGCUGCCGGAACCAACAGUGCUGGUACAUCCUAGCGGUUUGCAGGCUGCUACACCAGUUAUAGAAAGACCACCAGAAAGAUUACUGCCACCUCGGCCUCCGCAAGUUCAAGUAGAGCCACAACAAAACCAUCCUGCGGCAGUUGAGGAGAGGGAGAGAAUAAGUUUAAUACGGAAGCAUGAAGAUGAGGCCAGAGCUGACCAUCAUCAUAUGGAACAACCUCGAAAGAGGCAACGACGUAUCAUGAGCGAGCAGCAAAUUGCUGUGAUGGAGGCUGCUCUGAAGGAGGAGCCUGAAAUGCAAAGAUACGCCGAGAGAGUACGACAUUGGAGCAUUAUUCUCAACAAGAUGGGUCCCGAGAUCACUACUGGUCAGCUAAAGAACUGGAUAAACAACCGGAAGGCGAAACUCGCCAAGCUGGCUAAAGAGGGCCGUUUGGAUCCCGCCGUUGUCAACAGACCAAAACCAUGCUACGUUAGUAGCAGCAAUUUCGAAGAACCACCGGUUAUUGAGGAAGACUUACAUCACAGAACAGCAUAUAACAACAAUGUCAGCCACCGUCCGGAGCCCCCGGUGAUCGAAAUGGAACCAAGUGUCACGCAGAUAGGCCAGAACGUCGUACUCAAGGAUGAGCUGGGAAGAGAGAUUGCCUACGGCAUCACAAAGGCAGUCACGCCAGGCGAAGAAGGAGCUGUAGCAAUGUGUCUGGUGGAGAUCGUCGAUCUCAAGGUUGAUCGAGGGACAAAGCUUCCAAUCGGAUCGGACUUCAUGGGAACAACGUUUGACGAAGCAGAGAAGAAGCUUGGAAAGUUGAUAGUAGCUUGGCCAUCAAAUAACGUCCGGCUGAGGCUCUAGGAGCAAUCCGGCUGGCCGAGCAAGGAGGAGCAUUUUGUACACUAGGAGAGUGCGUCUCAGGCAAGGUUUUAGCCAGAUUUGUUGUACAAUUUCACACACCUUUUUAAUUCAACCUUCUUCAGGAGAGCAGCGAUUCCAUGCUGGUUUCUUACGAGCUCUGUUCCAUACUCCAGGCAAGAGAUAAGACAGCAAACAGGAUCAUUUUACUGUUUGUUACUGCGUUGGUAAUCUAUAAAUUCUCUUUUAUUUCCAGAA